AUGGUAUCUGUUUGCGCGACAUGUAAAGGUCUCCAGAAACACCUUCAUGGGGAAAGCGCGCAAGAGAAUGGAUCAGAAUCGCUUGUUUGGGUCGACACAACGCUGCCAAAACUGAGGUCGAGAUCGACUGCCUGCCGCGCCUGCGCUCUCCUUCUCAAUGGCGUCCUACUACACCACGACCGCUUCGCAAACAUAAAUGAGGACAAUGUCAGGAUCACGGCCGAGUCUUUCAAGCCAAAAACAGGGAAAACACCCCAAGAACAUCUCUCAGUUGAGCUUCGCUGGAAGGACAACGACGACCAGGACGACUCCCACGAAGACGACCAUGAACACCCAACAGGCCACCCAGAUCUCAAGCUUGAGUUCUUCACAGAUGGAGACGGCCAGUCUCCUUUCUCUGCCAUUGGGCGAGGAAGGCAUAUGACAGAUAACCCACUGCAGAGUACUGGUCUAGCAACAGCGCGAGGCUUGAUAAAGACUUGCCUAGAAAAUCAUGCUACGUGCAGUCGCCGAGGUAAACCCACGACGCUACCGAAGCGUGUGCUGGACUUAUUAUCGGGCGACGACUCCAAGAGCAUGCGAUUACACGAGAGUGAAUACAUACAGGAUGAGAGAAGAUACGAACAUGGCGAGUACAUUGCCUUGAGUCAUGUUUGGGGAUUAGCCAAAGGAAUUCCGAAGACAACUCUGGCAACACUGCAGUCGCACAAGAAGAGCAUACCUUGGUCGACACUGCCAAGAGCGUACCAAGAGGCCGUCUUCCUCACGCGAGCACUUGGUUUCCGUUGGCUAUUCAUCGAUAGUCUCUGUCUAAUACAAGAUGACGUUCAGGAGAAGCUUGAGGACUCGCUCAAGAUGGACGAGAUCUUCGGCAACGCUUUCCUAACAAUAGCGGCAACGUCCGCAUCCGACAGUAGUACCCAACCCCUCUUUCCGCCCAAGACACAGCCAUUCAAAAUACAAGCAACAGAUAAUAAAGGCUCUUUGCACAAGAUAAACGUGAGGGAACAACCGAGCCACUACAGUUUCAAAGCACCUUUUGACGGGAAUGCACAUAUGAACGAGUGGGAGUUGCCUUUCAAUAUGUCCGAAGAGGCGAACCUACACACACCGCUCUUGAUCCGCGCAUGGCCAUACGCCGAACGCUUACUUUCGCCAAGGGUGCUACACUUUACCAAAAGCGAGAUGAUAUUGGAAUGUCGAGAAGGAUAUCAAUGUGAAUGCGGGCGCAUCGAUGACAGUACCUACGACUCACGGCCAAACGACCAGGUCAAGCAAGAAUUUGGUAGAGUCAUAGCCGAAACACUCAACAAACCACAACAAGCCAACAGCAAUGGCAACACGGCUCACACGCGCACGGAUAGCAUGACGAACCAACUGGCCUCCACACAUCUCACAAACGGCGCUCAGCAGGAGUUGUUACGCAGACGUGAAGAGACACUCCAACUGUGGUCAUACAUCAUAACUGAAUACACUGCGCGGCACCUCACGUACGACAAUGACCGCCUGAUAGCAAUAGCAAGUAUCGCAAGAGCCCUUUCGCCAACUCUACAGUCAGGCUACAUAGCGGGCCAAUGGACGUUUAGCACUCUUGGGCUUCUCUGGUACCCCAACGACAGUUCACGAUGCCGCCGUCCGAAACUCGCACAAGGCCAAAAUGUACCAAGCUGGUCAUGGGCCUCAGUCGAAGGCUCACCAAUCUUCUUCGACAACACGAGCGCGAUGGAUCUCGCGUGUAGAGCUUCUUUUGGUCCAAAAGGGAAGCGGGCAAGUGCUUGGUCACCUAUCAUGGGUGAGCCUCUCGAGCUCUCAGGAGCCAUGGCUGCCGAGGUUGUCGUACACACCACGGCAUCACCGGAACAACAGCCUUCGUACAUCCUAGCCAAAAACGGCAUGACUGUGGACUUUACACCAGACGUCGUACCACUCCCAGCCGAAGACGCGUUGCAAGACGGCGAAACCCUCGUUUGCGUACUCGUCAGCAUGACGUUUCGUUCCUCUAUCGUCGGCAUCGUCCUCAAACCAUCAUCCGGAAACAAUACAUAUCGCCGCGUCGGUCGCCUAGAAUGCUACGAAUGUACACCUGAAGGCAUCGAACAAGAGAUGAGCGAAGACGCCGAAGCGUUGUUUGAGCAUUGGUUCCCUGAGAUCCAGGACAUGACGCAGUUGGACAAUUACCCCCAGCGCACUUUUACCGUUGUUUGA